CACAACUACGAUGCAGCACGCUGCACAGUGGAAAGCCGUCUGGUAGCCGAUUCCCCUUACAAUGCAGCAAACGUCUUUGUUCCGCUUCGACCAUAACUUUUUACUAGUCCAAACAUCAUCUCAAGCAGAUCCGCCUUGAAGAAACCACGAACAUGUCGCGUGCCUUCCGUCCUCACAUACACGCGUUCACUACCGCAGCCAGAACAUCACGCUUCUCACCACCACAACACGCGCAUGCUGCUUUGAUAGCCGCCAUACAAUCAAGAUGGUCGUCACACUCAGCAGCUGGGACAGCAUCCGGGCGCAAAAAAGUCACACUUCAAACAUUGCAGAGCAUGUACCGGAAGAAAGAACCCAUCGCCAUGAUCACUGCCCACGACUUCCCCAGCGCACAUGUCGCCGAGCACGCAGGCAUGGACGUUGUGCUAGUGGGUGACAGUCUCGCCAUGGUGGCAUUGGGUCUAGAGGAUACAAGCAGCGUAAUACUAGACGAAAUGAUCCUACACUGUCGCAGUGUAGCCCGAGGAGCCACAGCCCUCUUUCGCAUUGGCGAUUUGCCUAUGGGAUCGUACGAGGUUUCGCCUGAGCAAGCACUACAAUCCGCAAUUCGACUUGUGAAAGAGGGGAAUGUACAUGCUGUGAAGCUAGAAGGAGGUUUGGACAUGGCACCACAAAUCAGCAAAAUCACUUCGGCAGGAAUUCCAGUCCUGGGACACAUCGGCCUAACACCCCAGCGACAAAACGCCCUCGGCGGCUUUCGCGUACAAGGAAAAUCAGUAGCCGGCGCACUGAAACUCCUCGAAGACGCAAAAGCCGUUCAACAAGCCGGUGCUUUCGGCAUGGUAAUCGAAGCAGUACCAGCAGAAAUCGCAGGCAUCGUGACCGAAAAGCUUUCCGUCCCGACAAUCGGUAUCGGUGCAGGAAAUGCCUGCUCAGGUCAAGUACUGGUCCAAGUCGACAUGGCAGGCUACUUCCCCGAAGGCAGAUUCCUGCCCAAAUUCGUGAAGAAGUACGGGGAUGUUUGGGGCGAAGCUAGUCGAGCUGUUCGCGAGUAUGGGAAAGAGGUAAAGGAGAGGGCGUAUCCAGCGAAAGAACAUACAUACCCAAUUGCAGAGAAAGAGGUAGAAGAAUUUCGUAGAAUAGUCAAUGCACCUCAGUAG